GGACAACGACGAGGUGGACAGGCUGGUCAGCGGUCACUCUGCUGCCUCUUGCUCUCCCUCUUCAGGACUCCUCUCCAAAGGGGAGAGCAAACCUCUGACAAGUGCUACACCGUGAUCCGCAUAAAAAUUUCUGCGUCCGCCCGCGCGCUCCGUGACCGUGAGACUCGGUAACUAAACCACUCGGCACUCACCGGCCGCGACCAGCAGCUCAACUAUCUAUCCCCUUCGUCUCCCAGGAGUCGAGCGAGAAUGGCCGCCGCCGCCGCCCUUCGUCCUGCUCUCUCCCAAGCAGCAGGGCCAGAGCACAGAGCUUCCCUGCUGUGCACACCGAAGCACAGAGUUUCUGCCAGUGCCAGCAGGAGAAGCUUGAGAUUCACCGCUAGGGCCAGCUCGAAUCCGGGCGCCCAGGUGAGCAUCCCGAAGCAAUGGUACAACCUCAUCGCCGACCUGCCGGUGAAGCCGCCGCCACCACUGCACCCGCAGACACACCAGCCUCUGAAUCCCAGCGAUCUCUCCCCUCUCUUCCCCGACGAGCUGAUCAGGCAGGAGGUCACCGACGAGCGCUUCGUCGACAUUCCCGAGGAGGUCAUCGACGUCUACAAGCUCUGGCGCCCGACGCCCCUGAUCAGGGCCAGGAGGCUGGAGAAGCUGCUGGGCACGCCGGCGAAGAUCUACUACAAGUACGAGGGGACGAGCCCGGCGGGGUCGCACAAGCCCAACACCGCCGUGCCGCAGGCGUGGUACAACGCCGCGGCAGGGGUGAAGAACGUGGUCACCGAGACCGGCGCCGGCCAGUGGGGCAGCGCGCUGUCCUUCGCCAGCAGCCUCUUCGGCCUCAACUGCGAGGUGUGGCAAGUGCGCGCGUCGUUCGACCAGAAGCCGUACCGGAGGCUGAUGAUGGAGACGUGGGGCGCCAAGGUGCACCCGUCGCCGUCGACGGCGACGGAGGCCGGCAAGAGGAUCCUGGAGGCGGACCCGUCGAGCCCCGGCAGCCUCGGGAUCGCCAUCUCCGAGGCGGUGGAGGUGGCGGCCACCAACGCCGACACCAAGUACUGCCUGGGCAGCGUGCUCAACCACGUCCUGCUCCACCAGACCGUCAUCGGGGAGGAGUGCCUGGAGCAGCUGGCGGCGCUCGGCGAGACGCCCGACGUCGUCAUCGGCUGCACCGGCGGCGGGUCCAACUUCGGCGGGCUCGCGUUCCCGUUCCUGCGCGAGAAGCUGCGCGGCAACAUGAGCCCCGCGUUCAGGGCCGUGGAGCCCGCGGCGUGCCCCACGCUCACCAAGGGCGUCUACGCCUACGACUUCGGCGACACGGCCGGCCUCACGCCGCUGAUGAAGAUGCACACCCUCGGCCACGGCUUCGUCCCCGACCCGAUCCAUGCAGGCCGGUGGGCUUCGCUACCAUGGAAUGGCACCUCUGAUCUCGCACGUCUACGAGCUGGGCUUCAUGGAUGCCAUUGCUAUACAGCAGACUGAAUGCUUCCAAGCUGCCCUGCAAUUCGCCAGGACGGAGGGCAUCAUCCCGGCGCCGGAGCCGACGCACGCGAUCGCGGCGGCGAUCAGGGAGGCGCUGGAGUGCAAGCGGACCGGGGAGGAGAAGGUCAUCCUGAUGGCCAUGUGCGGCCACGGCCACUUCGACCUCGCCGCGUACGAGAAGUACCUGAGGGGCGACAUGGUCGAUCUCUCGCACCCGGCGGAGAAGCUGGAGGCCUCCCUCGCUGCCGUGCCCAAAGUCUGAUGGCGUUGGAGCGAACGGCGGCACAUGCGUACUGGAAUGGAGCAAAUGAUCCAUUGAGAUCACCUUCUUGAAUCUUGUGGUGAUCCGUCGGCAGUGGAUUUGGCAGCUGCGAUGAUACUUGUGUUCCAUAUGAAAUGAAUGAACAAAUUCUCAAUAAAAGGAUUAAUUUAUCCUA